AUGGAAACACUACGGUCUAAGCUCCGGGCAAUACUCGAAACACAUCCCGAGAGUAAGUCUUUACAGAAUGCUAUACGCCAUUUGUUCCAGAAUGUUGAAACCAACUCACAAUCACAUCGACUGACUUGGGAAAUCGUCAAGCAUGAUUUCGACGAGCUUAUGGCCGAAGGUGUAUGGGUGGCUACUCCGCAGAACGUUGAACUUCUGCAAGAGCUGCGGCAGAGUCUCGCAGAUAAUCCAACUGGUAGUGGAUCAUUAUUAUUUUCUCAGAUUGAGAACGGGGUAGCAUUGGCUCCUAACGAGAAUGCCGCCAGGAAAGAGCAAGACAUUCAAAUUGUUCUGCCUCCUUUAUUGUCGAUGCCACUGUUGUCUACGAUUUCACUCCCCCAAUCUGCUCUUCUUCCACAGGAAUUACUCGAUCAUCUCAAUCAUGCAUACUUCGUACAUGUUAUGGCCACGGAACCCCAGCGGCUACUUCCUCCGGGGAAAUCACUCUUGUCGGCGAUGCUUCGUCCUCACUUGGCGAAUCGCGAGCGGGAUGGACUGUUGCCUACCCUUCAUGAUCGCGUAGAAGAUCUAGUGCAUAGGGCAUUUUGGGAUGAGGCUUUUGAAUCAUUGUCAAAUGCCCUACCGAGUAUCCAGCUACCACGAAUUGCUAAUUUGUACGAAGAUUUGUAUAUUGCACUCAAACAGCUCCUCCCCUCCCACCAUCCGAUUCUAGUGACGCUAUCUUCCCCACUCCCGCCAAGCUCGUUUCCGCUCCGUUCCGUCAUCAUCAAUUUACGAGAGAUUCUUAUAUGCCUCAGAGGGCGAUGUGCACCUGCUCGGGACGGAGACGUUGAUACACUCAUGGCCCGAAUUGACGAACAGGAAUCUACGACUGCGGUUGGCGAACUGGCAAGACUGGUCGUGGAUACAACACGAUCUAUAUUGAAGCUUUCUGAAAUUAUGAAAGAUGACUUGUCAGAAUUCGUGCUUGGUUCCAUGGAUGAGACGCAACUACGAGCCAUCAUUGUGACACAGGCGCAGAAAUUCGAAAUAAAAUUCGUUCUCGAACUAUGGGGAUCUGAGCGGACACGCAAGCUCUGGGAGCAUUGGCGCGAAGGUCUACAACCUCUCUGGAGCUCCUCGCCAACGCCUACGCCUAGUCAACGUGCGUGGGUGAUACGACUGAUCCAAUCUCUAGGGUCGACAACACCGGUAUCAUGCUCCCUUCCCACUGUCUGUAUCGAUUCUACAGAGUCGCGAUCAAAUUUGGAAUUUGAGACAAUCUCAUCUAAUAUAUUGCCGCCUCCACUGUUAUUCAUCUGUCCCACGCUUUUGUAUCUGCAGAAUUACUUUCAAGCCCUCAUCAUAGCUGCUUCUCUGCGCUCGCUUGUCCGCUUGCCGGGGGCUAUGCACACAAGACACCAGGCGCCUGAAGAUCCUGAGGACGCGAGCUUCAUGGCGCGAAUCUGGACACUGCUGCUAGCCGAAGUUAACGAGGAGCCCGGAGCAGGAGAGACGAAGGUCGUCAAUCUCGCGGAUGAGGUCAUCCGUGUUCGCCGGCGGUCCGAUGGCGAUGGGCAGAUGUUGGACCCUGACGAAGAGACCAAGUUGCGCGCCGCUGUUGAUCGCACGCUCAAACCUCACGAUCCUGUGUUUCUUCUCUUGCAGAAGCGUCUCUUGAAGGCGAUCGCUGGCCGGUUAGCUCAUCGAUCCGGUGAGAGAGAUCAGCAGUCGAAUAUCUCUCGUGUUCCCGAUAGAUUAGAGACGGGUCGAGAGGGACAAGGCAAGAGGCAACGAUUCGUGGGGGAUUUCGAGGCACUAGCCGGAGACAGACGCGCGGAAGCUGCGAAGGAGCCAUCACUGAUAAUCGAAGGGUUCAACGAUGAGGUUCUCGUCCACGCUAUCAGUGUUGGCCUGACGAAGUUGCGGCAUUGUAUAGAGUGGACGGAACAAACUUGGGUGGAUUUAACGUAG